CAAUUGAUUAAACCUUUGAGUAUUUUUCAAACAACAAUCAUCAGAAAAUUAUUUCAUAAAAAUAAAAAAAACCAUUUUCAUUUGAUUCAAAAACUAAUACACUUCUUCGUCACUCAUCUUAACACUAAACGCACACAGAGAAUCAAACCAAAUCUCAAGAUUGACAAUCCACCUUUUCAUACUUCUCUUUCCUCCGAUCGAAAUCUCUCCCUACGAAUCGCUUGAAAUAUAAACCCUAAUUCCUAAAUUUUCACCUCAACGUUUUUCAGAUCUCGAUUAUUUAUCGGGAAUGGCUUCUUCGGAAGCUGAUUCCCGACUGAAACAAGUAUUGGUGCCUUCUUUAGAGAAGAUCAUCAAAAAUGGAUCAUGGCGGAAGAAUUCUAAACUUGUUCAUGAGUGCAAAUCUCUUCUAGAAAAAAUCAACACAAAUAUUCAUUCGCUAUCGUCUUCUUCACCUGAAUCUUCUUCUACAUCGAUUGUGAUCGGUCCAGUUGUUGAUAGUGGAACUCACGAGUAUACUCUAGAAGAUUCUGAGCUCAUUCUCUCUCCUCUCAUCAACGCUUCUUCUUCGUCGAACCCGAAGAUCGCUGAUGCUGGAAUUUCGUGUAUUCAGAAGCUUAUUUCUCAUGGAUAUAUCCGAGGUGAGGCCGAUUCAACUGGGUCAAACCCUGAGUCGAAGUUGCUUUCACGAGUUAUUGACUCGGUUUGUAAGUGUAUUGAGUUGCUUCGUAAUGAUGAGAAUAUUGAACUCGUUGUGUUGCGAACAUUAUUGUCUGCCGUUACUUCGACUAGUCUUAGGAUUCAUGGUGAUUGCUUGUUGCAGAUUGUUAGGACUUGUUAUGAUAUUUAUUUAGGGAGCAGGAAUGUUGUGAAUCAAACAACAGCUAAAGCCUCGUUGAUUCAGAUGCUUGUGAUUGUUUUUAGGCGAAUGGAAGCGGAUUCAUCGUCCGUUCCUGUUCAGCCAAUUGUGGUAGCUGAACUUAUGGAGCCGCCAGAGAAGGAGGAUUCUGAUCCUGGAGUGACUCAGCAAGUUCAAGGGUUUAUUACUAGGAUAAUGCAGGAUAUUGAUGGGGUUUUGAAUACUGUGAAUGUGGGUGGUGAUAAAGGUGGUGCUGGGACUGGUGUUGUGGCACAUGAUGGAGCGUUUGAGACGAAGAUUAAUGCUACCGUGGAGGGGACGAAUCCAGCUGAUUUGUUGGAUUCGACGGAUAAGGAUAUGUUGGAUGCUAAGUAUUGGGAGAUUAGUAUGUAUAAGUCGGCGUUGGAAGGGAGAAAAGGGGAGUUGGCAGAUGGGGAGGCGGCUGCUGAAGGCGCUGCAGUUUUGGAGAGAGAUGAUGAUUUGGAGGUUCAGAUUGGGAAUAAGUUGAGGAGGGAUGCAUUCUUGGUGUUUCGGGCGUUGUGCAAGUUAUCAAUGAAGACACCUCCUAAAGAAGCAUUGUCGGAUCCGCAGUUAAUGAGGGGGAAGAUUGUUGCUCUUGAGUUGCUCAAGAUUUUGUUGGAGAACGCUGGUACCGUUUUUAGGACCAGUGACAGAUUCUUGGGAGCUAUCAAGCAAUAUCUGUGUUUAUCACUGCUUAAGAACAGCGCUUCUACUCUCAUGAUUGUUUUCCAGCUUUCUUGCUCCAUCUUUAUGAGUUUAGUAGCCAGAUUUAGAGCGGGGCUGAAGGCUGAAAUUGGGGUGUUUUUCCCUAUGAUAGUUCUUAGAGUUUUGGAAAAUGUGGCUCAACCUAAUUUUCAGCAGAAGAUGAUUGUUCUACGAUUUCUAGAGAAACUCUGUGAUGAUUCUCAAAUCUUGGUAGACAUAUUCAUCAACUAUGAUUGUGAUGUCAAUUCAUCAAAUAUUUUUGAGAGAAUGGUCAAUGGCCUUCUUAAAACUGCUCAAGGCGUCCCUCCUGGUGCAACCACUACAUUGCUGCCACCACAAGAAGUUACUCUGAAAGUUGAUGCAAUGACAUGCUUGGUUGCUGUCUUGAAAUCAAUGGGAGAUUGGAUGAAUAGGCAACUGCGGAUCCCAGAUACUCAUUCAUUAAAAAAAUAUGAACCUGCAGACAACAGUCCUGAAACUGGUAGUCCUCAUUUAGUAAAUGGUCAUGGGGACGAGCCUAUAGAUGGAUCUGAUAGUCAUUCCGAAUCUUCAACUGAUGUUUCUGAUGUGCAAACAAUUGAGCAACGCCGAGCAUAUAAACUCGAACUUCAGGAAGGUAUAUCUCUUUUCAAUAGGAAGCCGAAAAAGGGAAUUGAGUUUCUUAUCAGUGCUAAUAAGGUGGGUAGUUCACCAGAGGAAAUUGCUACGUUUCUGAAAAAUGCUUCUGAUCUGAACAAAACUUUAAUUGGUGAUUAUCUUGGGGAAAGAGAAGAUAUGUCAUUGAAAGUGAUGCAUGCAUACAUAGAUUCAUUUGAUUUUCAAGGUAUGGAGCUAGAUGAAGCUAUAAGGAUAUUUUUGCAAGGCUUCAGGUUGCCUGGUGAGGCCCAGAAGAUUGACCGGAUCAUGGAGAAGUUUGCUGAACGUUACUGGAAAUGUAAUCCAAAGGCUUUCUCUAGUGCAGACACAGCUUAUGUCCUUGCUUAUUCUGUUAUAAUGUUGAACACUGAUGCCCACAAUCCUAUGGUCAAGAAUAAGAUGUCUGCUGAAGAUUUCAUUAGGAACAAUCGUGGUAUAGAUGAUGGAAAAGAUCUUUCUGAGGAGUUUAUGAGAUCUUUGUAUGAACGAAUAACCAAAAAUGAGAUUAAGCUGAAGGAUGAUGAUCUAGCUUCUUUGCAAAAGCAGUCUAUAAAUUCCAACAGAAUCUUAGGCUUGGAUAAUAUCCUGAAUAUAGUGAUCCGUAAGCGAGAUGAAAACUACAUGGAAACUAGUGAUGACCUAAUAAGGCAUAUGCAAGAACAAUUUAAAGAAAAAGCCCGGAAGUCCGAGUCAGCUUAUUAUGCUGCAACAGAUGUCGUAAUCCUCAGAUUCAUGAUAGAGGUUUGUUGGGCUCCUAUGCUGGCAGCUUUCAGUGUACCACUUGAUCAAAGUGACGAUGAAUUAAUCAUCUCGUUGUGCCUUGAUGGUUUCCGUUAUGCUAUCCAUGUUACUUCAGUGAUGUCUAUGAAGACUCACAGAGAUGCUUUUGUGACGUCACUUGCUAAGUUUACCUCACUCCACUCACCUGCGGAUAUCAAACAAAAAAACAUAUAUGCUAUUAAGGCAAUAGUUACAAUAGCAGAUGAAGAUGGCAAUUACUUGCAAGAAGCCUGGGAGCAUAUCUUGACAUGUGUUUCCCGUUUUGAGCAUUUGCACCUACUAGGUGAAGGUGCUCCUCCUGAUGCUGCCUUCUUUGCAGCUCCUCAAAGUGAUCAAGAGAAGUCAAAGCAGAUCAAGUCUAAUAUUCUUCCUCUAUUAAAGAAAAAAAAUGCUGGAAAAAUUCUAUAUGCUGCUGCUGCUGUGAGAAGAGGCUCUUAUGAUAGUGCUAGCAUUGGGGGAAAUACUUCUGUUACGUCAGAACAGAUGAAUAGUUUAGUCUCUAAUUUGAACAUGCUUGAACAAGUUGGAAGUAGUGAAAUGAAUCGGAUAUUUACUCGAAGUCAAAAGCUAAACAGUGAGGGAAUAAUUGAUUUUGUUAAGGCCCUGUGCAAGGUCUCGAUGGAUGAAUUACAAUCUGCCUCUGAUCCACGGGUCUUUAGCCUGACCAAGAUUGUUGAGAUUGCGCACUACAACAUGAACCGCAUUAGGCUUGUAUGGUCAAGCAUCUGGAAUGUGCUUUCGGACUUCUUUGUAACUAUUGGAUGUUCUGAGAACCUUUCAAUUGCGAUUUUUGCAAUGGAUUCCUUGCGUCAAUUGUCAAUGAAGUUUCUGGAACGGGAAGAGUUGGCUAAUUAUAAUUUCCAGAACGAGUUUAUGAAACCAUUUGUUAUUGUGAUGCGAAGGAGUAGUGCCGUUGAGAUUAGGGAAUUGAUAAUCAGAUGUGUCUCUCAGAUGGUGUUAUCUCGAGUAAACAAUGUUAAGUCUGGAUGGAAGAGCAUGUUCAUGGUCUUCACAACAGCUGCUUAUGAUGAUCACAAAAACAUUGUUCUCUUGGCCUUUGAGAUAAUGGAAAAGAUUGUUCGAGACUACUUUCCGUAUAUCACUGAGACAGAGACUACUACUUUUACAGAUUGUGUGAAUUGCCUUGUUGCAUUUACUAAUAGCAGAUUCAACAAGGACAUUAGUCUAAGUGCCAUUGGCUUCCUGCGCUACUGUGCUGAGAAGCUUGCUCAAGGGGAUCUGGGCUCUUCAGGCAAAAACAAGGAUAAGGAAACUCCAGGAAAUGUAUCUCCAUCUGUAUCGCAAUCAGCGAUGGAAGGAAAGCUGGAAAAUGGAGAAUUGAGCGAGAAGGUCGACAACCUAUAUUUCUGGUUCCCGUUGUUAGCUGGGUUGUCAGAAUUAAGUUUUGAUCCAAGACCAGAAAUUAGAAAAAGUGCACUUCAGAUUUUGUUUGACACUCUGCGGAACCAUGGACAACACUUUUCACUGCCCUUGUGGGAGCGAGUUUUUGAAUCGGUAUUGUUUCGUAUAUUUGAUUAUGUACGCCACGCAGUUGACCCAUCCACAGAGAAUGCAUUUGGUGAUGGGGAGAUUGUUGAUUUCGAUCAAGAUUCAUGGCUGUAUGAGACUUGUACGUUAUCUCUUGAGCUAAUUGUGGAUCUUUUUGUUAAGUUCUACUCUACUGUCCAUCCCCUUUUGAAAAAUGUUCUGGCGCUGUUGGUGAGUUUCAUUAAACGUCCUCACCAGAGCCUUGCUGGGAUUGGUAUUGCUGCGUUUGUUCGGUUGGUCAGCAAUUCUGGUGAACUCUUCUCGGAAGAGAAAUGGCUUGAAGUGGUAUCUUCAUUGAAAGAAGCAGCCAUUUCAACCCUUCCUGAUUUUUCUUUUAUCUUCACGGGGGCUAAUUUAGUUGGGAGUGUUGAAGAAUCAGUUGUCGGACAAGAUCCUGAAGAGUCUUCUGGAAUUGGUACACUUGAUCAUGAUUCAGAGAGCUUAAGAACACAGCAUUUUUAUGGUUCUAUAUCUGAUGUAAAAUGCCGUUGUGCUGUUCAGCUCUUGUUGAUUCAGGCUGCAAUGGAGAUAUACAUGUUAUAUAGGCCUCGGAUUUCAGCAAAAAAUGUUUAUGUUCUGUUUGAUGCUUUGCGUGCCGUGGCAUCACAUGCACAUAAGAUAAACUGUGAUGCAAAUCUAUGUUCGAAACUACAAGAGAUUGGAUCCAUCACACAAAUGCAAGACCCUCCACUUCUACGCCUCGAAAACGAGUCUUAUCAGACGUGUCUCACGCUAUUACAAAACCUUAUCCUCGAUCGACCUUCGGACUUCAAUGAGGAGGAAAUAGAAUCCUAUCUUGUUGAUCUAUGUCGGGAAGUUCUUCAAUUCUACAUUGAAGCUUCAUCGGGAAAUACGAUCGAGCCAUCUGCUGAUAGUGGAGCCCACUGGAAGGUACCCUUGGGCUCACGGAGGCGUAGAGAGUUGGCCGGACGUGCACCCCUUAUUGUAGCUACACUUCAAGCUAUAUGUAAGUUGGAAGACGCUUCAUUUGAGAGGCAUCUGGUAAGGUUCUUCCCUCUGCUUUCUACUUUGAUUAGUUGUGAACAUGGGUCUAAAGAUGUCCAGGUAGCUUUGAGUGAAAUGCUUAAUGUAUCAGUCGGUCCUGUGCUGCUGCGAUCCUGUUGAUCGUAUCUAGAUUUCAUUCUAUUUUGUCAAGUAAUAUUAUAGCUCGAUCCUCUAGUAUUUUAUUUAUUAUCUAUGAUUGAUAUCCCGUUGGUUCCCAUACCUUCUGUGAUGUUUUGUUUACUAAGGAAUUAGAUGGCUUCAGGCAUUAUAGAUACAUCCGGAUAUUUGCUGUAUCUUUCUGUUAUUAUUCUUUGCAGCGUUUGUGUAAAAACUCUGGAUACUAAUUGAGCAAUCAAAGGUUUUGUUAUGGUGAAUGCUCAA